UCAAAUUUAAUUUUCCCCCUUAGAUUUUUAUCGCACAUGGUGUUCAUCAGUGUGAAUAGACUUUUGAAAAUUCAAGGAAAAAAUUAGAAAAAUUGGUCCAGAAAAGCCUAAUUCAUGCGUAAACAAUGACUUGUAAUAGUAAUGAAAUAAAGAUUAGUGAAAAUUGUGCAGAAAAUUCACGUGAAAGCAUGGAAAUUUCUAACGAAAUUAACCUCAAGUAUCCGACCGUUCAGAUCAAUGGCUGCCGUCAAUUUGGGCCCCCACAGAACUUUUCAGGUCCACCACCGGCAAAGGAAAGUGAACUUUUUAUUUGCCGCAUUCCCAAGGGCUACACCGAAAUUGAUUUGCUUCCGAUACUCGAGCGAUUUGGCACGGUACACCAGUUCCGGCUUAUGAUGGACUACAAUAACCAGAACAGGGGUUACGGUUAUGUCCUUUACCAAACUCCAGAUCAGGCCACGCGGGCUCUAGAAUUGAUUCCACAUUUCAUUACACACUCUGGUGCUGUACUAGAUGCAAAGCGAUCCUACGAUAAAUGUCGCCUCUUUGUAGGGAAUCUCCCAAAGGAGAUGGACUGUGAGGCAAUCAAGUCCACACUUAAGAUGAUCUAUCCGGAGAUGUGUAAUUUCAUCAUUCACACGCGCCCAAAUGAGGAAUACAAGAAUCGUGGUUUUGCCUUCAUUGAUUUCCCGAAUCAUCAAGCUGCCCUGCGGUCAAAGAAGAAACACGGAUCCGGAUCUCUUAAGCUUUGGGAUCGUCUUAUAAAAGUGGUAUGGGCAAAGGAGGAACGCAUAGUUGAUCCUGAUGUCAUGACUUCGGUCAGAACGCUAUUUAUUCGAAACAUCGAUCUAUCUGCAAAACCCAGGGAAUUUGAAUUCUUCAUGAAGAAUAUCAUUUCAAAGGAAGACAUUGUGAAAGUUCAUCAAGUACGGGAUUUUGCUUUUGUAGAAUUCACGACGCGCCAGACUGCCGUGUAUGCUCACAAUGUGCUGUCCCAGAAGAAAUUUCACGGACACAGCCUUAGCAUUGAGUGGGCACUUCCACCGUCAGGAGGUACCAAUGAUCUUCGCAAACUCUUCGACUACGAUUCCCUGCUGAAACUAAAGUGUGUUGCUAACAGCUGGAGUUAUCCUAUCUACAUUUUUGGGCACAUGAUAAAGGAGAUGAAUAUCCAGUAUAUGGCUGUCAUAGUAAGAAGCGAGAAUGUAGACUGCAUGAUUUUUAUGGAGAUGAACACCAUACUUGUGCCGGAUAUUCAUCAGAGAGCUGCGGAGGUGCUUGUGAAACUAAUAGAGCGUUGCAAGGGACUCCCGAUGUACAAUCUCAUCGUCAAAGUUCACGGAAAUGAUUUCAAGAUCAUAGGAAUUGCUUACGAGCCGAACCUUAAUUUUCGCAUGUCGACAAAUGAUUAUGUGCACGACUUUGGAGAGAUUGUGGAACUUGCGUAUGCAUCCUAUGUAAUACGCCAGACAUCAUUGGGCCUAUUGCACUUUAGCUAUCAACAGGCACUCUCUUGCAACUUUCCUUACUCGUACAUUAAUUCAAUUUGCACUCCACAUCGCAUCCUGGGAUGCAUCCCGCUAUCCUACCGCAGAGCUUCACCAUGGGAGUCAAAGGGAAAAUAUCCAGACUACACGGUCCUUCUAGCACUCUGCGACAAAUAUACCCGCACAAAUUACAAAUACACCACUAUGCCCAUGAGGCUACCAAUCAUGGUUACGCCACUUGAGGCACCUGAAAAAUGGAACCUCCAAUUCAGUAUAAAGCUCAGUAUGGUUAAAAGUACUUACCAAAGCAGUGGAAUUUGCUUCGGAGCCAGCAUUUGCGAUGAGGCCCAGCAAUCUGAUGGGGAAGCUGUUAGAUAUGUCAGCUAAACUGAUGAGAUGACUUUUACUCCAAUUCCAUUGCGAUAGUUUUAUCUCACAUAAUCCAUGUGGAAAUUAUUAAUUUUUUCAUUUAAAUUAAAGAUCAUACAAAAAGUUAUUUUUUAAACGAAGAUAAAAGUAAAAAUUCUUUUAAACAAUUAUGAAAUUAUUUGUGGAAUAAAAAAGGGAAAUGUUCAAUCAAU